CCAUUCAAAGUCUGAAAACCGUGAGAGUGGAAGCCCUGCUUUCCUGAUAUUAAGAUGAUUCGCAUAGCAGCACUGAAUGCUGCUGCGACAGCUGCAGAUGAGUCUCAAGACCCUUUGAGAAGUAACAAGAGUCAGACGAAAGAGGCUCAGGAAGCUGAGGCUUUUGCUUUAUAUCACAAAGCUUUAGAUCUUCAAAAACAUGACAAGUUUGAGGAGUCUAGUAAGGCCUAUCAUGAGCUUCUCAAAACUCCACUGCUCAAAGAGGCCAUGCCUUCCGAUGAUCAGAGAGUGGGUCUCAAGCAUCCUGGACUGAUGUUGAAAUAUUCUACUUUUAAAAACUUGGCCAGCAUGGCUGCAUCGCGGGAUGACCUGGAGACCGCCAUGGAAUUUUACUUGGAGGCUGUCAUGUUGGAUUCCACAGAUGUGAACAUGUGGUACAAAAUUGGUCAGGUGGCUGUGCGACUGGUGCGAAUUCCUCUCGCUCGACAUGCCUUUGAGGAGGGAUUGCACUGUAACCCAGAUCACUGGCCCUGCCUUGACAACCUCAUAACUAUUCUUUACACGCUCAGUGACUACACCUGUUGCCUCUACUUCAUCGCCAAAGCCUUAGAGAAGGAUCAUUGUUACACUAAAGGCCUGGUGCUGAAGGAGAAAAUCUUUGAGGAGCAGCCAUGUCUGAAGAGGGACACGAUGCAGAUGUUCAUGAAAUGCGAUAUGUCUAUUCAUUAUGUGGAAGUGGAGGAAGAGGAGCGCAAAUCCAUUGUGGAAGAGGCCCUGGAGAUACGGAAACGCAGACAGGCGCUAUCUCACUGUGAACCAAAACCAGACCUUGUCCUGAUUCAGCCCAUCCGCUGCCUCUCAUGGAAGCAUGUGGGUGAAAGCCUUCUUGCAAUGUACAGACAUCAGACCACAUGUGAGCCACCGCGUCCGAGUCUGGGCCGCAGGAUUGACUUGUCAGAGUAUAGUGACCCAAACUUCCUCCAGAACCUCCCCCAACCUAGCAGUCCUGUCAGUAUGGGCCAGACCACUGUGCUGAGUAGCAGCCCCAGCUCAUCCCUGCCUCCAGUGGUCCUCUCUGAGCCAAUAGUGCUCCCCCAGCCCAGCACUCAGCUGCAGAUUACCCCCAGUCAGACCACUGUGGAAAUCACCACUUCUGUUCACCCUGUUGCUACAGCGGUGGAGGUUUCCCUGACAGAUAAAGUGAAGAAAGCGCCAAAAAGGAAACGUGGGAUGGAAGAUAGUGGGGAGACGGCCAAGCGGCGCUCAGCACGUGUUCGUAACACAAAAUGCAAGAAGGAAGAGAAGAUUGACUUUCAGGAACUGCUUUUUAAAUAUCUACCCUCCAGGCUAAAGAAGUUUGAUCCUGAUAAUGAUGAGGAGAGUCUGAGUAAUCUUGAGACACAGUGUGAUGGGAAGGAGGACAUACAGCCUCUACAUGGGAGUUGCUUGCCUGUUGACUCAGUUGAAUACAUGGAGUCUGAGCAACAGGAUGUCCACAAAUACCUGCUUGAUAAUAUGACCAAUGGUGGUAUACUGGACCUGAUGAUGCGCUAUCUGAAAGCUGUGGGUCAGAAGUUCAUUAAGGAGUGGCCUCGAGGGCUGACUGCUGUGGUGCUGGAAGUCUAUCAGACCUGGAGGAAGCACAGUAGUGGUCUUCCUAACCCUCUGCUUCGGGACUGCAGCAACCAACACAUCAGGGAAAUGGUGACGAUGAGCUUAGCGUGUAUGGAGCUACAGUUGGAGCAGUGGUUACACAAAAAAGGGAAGACUGUGUCUCCAAGAAGAAGCAGCGUUGGUCCUGGCAAUGACACAGCUGACUCAGAAUUCCCUGGGCAGCAUUUCCAGGGUGAUUUAUUACUCCUGGCCCUAGCUUCAUCCCAAAGAGACCUGUUUGAGGAUGACUGGUUGGAUGUCAUGGUGCGUGUCUACUGGCUCAAGGCACGAUUCUUGGCCCUUCAGGGAGACAUGGAGUUGGCACUGGAGAGCUAUGAUGUCUGUAUAGGUUUGUUGCAGAGCAAACCAAAGUCCACUGAAGGGAAACAUUACACCAUCAACCUGCCUAACCUACGUGUAGAUGCAGCGAUCUCUGUGGAGGAGAUCGACAAGAGGCUGAAGUCUCUGGAGCGUUGUCAGUCUUUGGAAGAGAUCCAGCGACUCUUUGAGUCUGCAGACUUUGAGUCUGUUGUACGUCUGCUGCAGCCCACUCUUAAUUAUGGCAGCAGGAGUAAACCCCUAGAGUUUGUGAGCUCAGCACCAGAGCGGCCUGCUCAGCUAAUGCUAUUGCAGAACUCGCUGUUGAAGCUGCAGGACUACCAGCAGUGUUUGGAGUGCAGCGAGCUGGCUCUGAAUGAAGCCCUGCAGCAGCUCAACUCUGCUUCAAACAGCUCACCGCCUAGUAAAGAGGAGUGGGUCAGCACCAUUGGAACAUUGCUGGAUGGCACCGAGGUCUGCUUCACCAAAGACUUACAGCUUCUGAGCAAUGUCCCCCAUUUCUCUAGCAUGGCUCGACUGGCAAACAACCUAAUUCAGCUGAUUGAUCUUAGCAUGACCAUUUCCGACGAUCCCAAGGAGCCUUAUUUCUUCUCGGUUCUGCCGUGGAUUAUACUGUAUCGCAUUAUCAAACAUGAGGAGGCAGCUUUUGACUGUAUGCUCCGUCAGCAUAUGUCUGUAGGGGAUGAUGAAGAUGACUCAGACACUCCGAUGCUGCCCUCCUCCCUCAUGCUUCUGAACACAGCCCAUGAGUAUCUUGGCCGUCGCUCCUUGUGCUGCAGCUCAGACGGUGCACUCCUCAAGUUCUUCGUUCGAGUUCUGGAAAAAGAAUUUGCAGCCUCUUCCAGCAAUGAUGCUCAUCCCUACAAAGAGGAGUUGGAGAUGGCGUUGGAACAGUGCUUCUUCUGCCUGUAUGCAUACCCCAGUAAGAAGAGCAAGGCCCGCUACCUUGAGGACCAUUCAUCUCCACAGGUUGAGCUGCUGUGGAGUGAGGCCCUCUUCAUGUUCCAGUAUUUCAAACCAAAGUCACUGCCUGAGUUUGACAGUUAUAAGACAAGCACGGUGUCUGCAGAAUUGGCUAAUCUGCUGAGGAGGUUUGUUGGCAUCGCUCCCCCAAGUGACACUCCCAUCCUCACCAUGGAAGAAGUGGCAGCCUACAUCGAGGGCAUGACAGAAAAGGCCCCGUGCCUUCCUGAGGGGAGUGCUCCUGCACCUGCAAUCAUUAAUGAGAUCUACUACCUGCUGGCUGAUUACCAUUUCAAGAACAAGGAGCAGUCCAAAGCCAUCAAGUUCUAUAUGCAUGACAUCUGUGUGUGUCCCAACAGGUUUGACUCCUGGGCAGGUAUGGCUUUAGCUAGGGCCAGCCGCAUCCAGGACAAGCUCAACUCCAAUGAGCUGAAAAGUGACGUUCCUAUAUGGAAACACUCCCAGGCGGUGCUUAACUGUUUUAAGAGGGCCCUGGAGAUAGACAGUUCCAACCUGUCUCUGUGGAUCGAGUAUGGCACCAUAUCAUAUGCCCUGCAUUCAUUUGCUUCGAGGCAGCUCAAACAGUGGCGCAGUGAGCUCCCCCCAGAGGUGGUUAAACAGAUGGAGGAAAGGAGAGACUCAAUGUUGGAGACAGCGUUCCAGUGUUUCCAGGGAGCUUCCCGUUGUGAGGGUGACAGCGAUGAAGAAGAGUGGCUCAUUCACUACAUGCUGGGGAAAAUAGCAGAGAAACGCAAACAGCCUCCAGUGGAAUAUCUACAGCUUUACAAAAAGGCAGCACACUAUCUGCAUGAAGAAGCUGCCAGGUACCCUCGGAAAAUUCAUUACCAUAAUCCCCCUGACCUGGCCAUGGAAGCCCUGGAGUUGCAUUUCCGUUUGAGCGCCACCAUCCUAAAACUGCUAGAGGCAGUAGAGCCUGACCUGGAGCAUGAGCUCUUGUUCACUUUGCUGGUUGAGGCAGCUACGGGGCCAUUUGCGAGGGGUGAAGAGAAGAGUAUGCCAAGCAUGCCAAGGUCCCAUGAAAAAGAGAAACCCCCCUCCAUGAUGGAUGAAGACUUUAAUUGCACAUCAGUUUGCAUAGGGAACGUCCUCAGCUCAUCCCUUCCGUCAGCUGCCACGCCAGGUCUGACAUCCCCUGCUUACGUGGCCACGCCGUUUGACCACGAUUACGCCAAACGCAAAACACUUCGACGGCAGCAGUGGCAGCAGCAGCGGCAUGAAGAGCAGCAGGCUGAUGAGCGCAGUCAGGACAGUGAGGUGGUGUUGCUCUCAGACUCCAACUCUACCCAGGAUGCCUUCACAGAUCCCACCAGCUCACAGGACAGCAGCCACAAACCUGCCUCUGGGAAAGUCAGUUCAUUAUCAUCAGAAAGUACAACCCCUGUGAAGGAUGGGCAGCAAGCAUCAGAGGACACAGCAUCCCAUGGAGAGCAUACUGGCAUCCAGACUGAAGAGAAAGUUAUCCAGGAAGUAGUAGAAGCUGUGGUGGUGACCCUCCCCGAGGCCUCAGUGCCCAAGGUCUCUGCGGACCUGUGUCCCCAUCCUCUUCCUGUCCCAGCCACCCCACCAAAGCCAGCCCACUCUCAACAGGCUGCUCCUCAGACCCCAGCCAGUGAGGGAAAGAGGAAGCCAGAGCCCCCUGCUGAGGUGAUCGAGGUGCCCAAGGCCCUGCCUGCAGAUCGUGUCGACCAGAGGCGGAUGCUGGUGGAAAUGUGCAUCCGCGCUCUCUUCCUCUGCCUCAGCCGCUUCCCUCAGCACUACAAGAGUCUCUAUCGCCUGGCCUUCUUCUACACCAACAGCAAGACUCAUCAGAACCUACAGUGGGCCCGUGAUGUGUUGCUAGGAAGCAGUGUCCCAUGGCAACAGCUGAAGCACAUGCCAGCACAAGGACUUUUCUGUGAAAGAAACAAGACAAACCUGUUCAAUGGCAUCUGGCGUAUUCCAGUAGAUGAGAUUGAUCGCCCAGGAAGUUUUGCAUCUCAUAUGAACCGAUCCAUUGUCCUCUUGCUGGAGGUGCUGUCUCAGCUUAAGGAUCACGAUACUCUGCUGAAAGUUUCUUUCAUGCUGCAGAGAACCCCUGACCAGGGAAAGAAGUAUUUACGGGAUGUUGAUCGCCAGGUUUUGGCCAAGAGAGCAUUUUUCCUAACUGUAAAAGUCCUGGAGGACAAUCUGAACAGUCUCACUGGGGUGUCUGAGCAGCUUCUCAAAGCGCCUGCAUCCUCCAUGGGGGAGAUGACCACAACGGACACAUCCAACAGGCCCAGUUCAGAGGACAGCAAGCAUGCACUGCCAAAGAAGCCUGGGCUCACAGAGGGAGCCUGUGCCACCGACACAGGACCCAGGGAAGCCUCACAGGCACAACUCAUCACACCACCACCAUCCACAGAUAAAGGGAGUAAGGUUCAGGAGAGCUACCCUGGAAAGGUGGAGACUGCUGGGAGUGAGGAGCACAAAGCAGGACCAGAGGAACCCAUGGAGCUGGACACUGGCCACUGGAGGAAGCCCACCACCACCAUAGAUUCUCAGGGCAACCAAACAGAGGCUGAGACCUCCCUGAGUGCUGUGGAGCCUCAGCAGAAAGUGACUGACAGCAGCCGGACAGCAGAGCUAUCUCUGGAGGAGCUAAGUAUCAGUUCCAGGCAGCAGCAGCCCCAAGCCUCAGCACCCAAAGUCACUCUGGCUGCCAGUGGGGCUGAACAGGGUUUACUACGAAGGCCAAACAGGAAAAGGAAGCUUCUAGAGGACGUUGAGUCUGGAAAAACCCUACUGCUUGAUGCCUACAGGGUGUGGCAGCAAGGCCAGAAAGUCAUGACCUACGACCUGGCACGCAUUGAGAAGAUCAUGUCAGAGACUUAUAUGCUCAUAAAACAGGUUGAUGAGGAUGUAGCUUUGGACCAAGCUGUGAAGUUCUGUCAGAUACAGUUGGCCACUUCUGCCCAAAGACAGUCUGCGAGCGAUGCCCCAACCACACCUAAGUACACCAAGGAUCACCGAGACAUCUUCUUCCCGGCUUCCCUGCAGACGCCCGUCUUGCUCAGCCACUCCACCUGCCACCCGUUGUCCACCCAGGACGGCCAAGCCAAAGUGGUGUAUGAGCCCCUGAGCAAGCUGUCCAGACCUCAAGCCUCGAGCUUCCACGAUCAGCCACAGCACAGGAGAGCAGCCAGCCACCCUGCUGCAGCCAUGGCUUUCCUACCACACACAGAGGAGCGGGAGGAGCCGUCAGAGGGACUUUCAUACCGACAGCAGGAGUCGCACCUUUGUCAGCAGAUGAAACUUGCCACUGUAUCUCAAGGGCAAGAAUCAGCAGCAGGCUGGUUCCAGGAGGAAACCGCCACAUGUAGCACCGCACAACCUUGCCCAGACCAGCAGCAGUAUGCCAGCAAUGAGCAGUCAAAGCUUCCAGACCCCAGCCGAAUUCGCUCCCGUGUUCCACCCAACAUGCCAAAGCUUUUCAUCCCUUCCACAGUUACCAAGUUCCCACCAGAAAUCACAGUAACACCUCCGACACCCACACUUCUCUCCCCCAAAGGCAGCAUCUCAGAGGAAACCAAACAAAGACUUAAGAACGUCAUCCUGUCGUCUCAGUCUGCAGCCACAGUCAAAAAGGACACUCUGAGCCAGCCGGCGCUGGAGGUGCAGGAGACGUCCAGCCAGGAGUCGUCUCUGGAGAGCGAAUCGGACGAGGAGGACGAUUACAUGGACAUCUGAGGCCCGGUGUGCACACUGACACUGAGCUCUUCUCACAACCUGGCCUGACUCUGCCAAACCCUGUGCCCCUGUCUUUAAAAAAAAAAAAAAAA